AUGUGGAAACUUUUGGUUUCCAUCACUUUAUCUUCGAUCUUCACAACCUAUGCUAUCGUGGUGGAUAAAAACGGAGAUUCUUCGAAGGGAUGCCAAACAUGUGGAGGAUGCCAAUUCUUCUUGACAUAUCUGAUUCCCCAAGUUCCGGACCCAGAGACGGUAACAACGGAGGAGUUAACCAAACUCAUUAAAGUAGGUCUAGCCGCCUUGUGGUGACCAAUUACCACUUUAAUUUUCGGCAUAAAUGGCCAGUAAUCUAUUUCUUAAUCGCGCUUUUACGGUGUGGAAAACAAAAUUUCAAAGCAGAUUUUUUUGUCUAUUGCGCAUAUAACAUUAUUUACACGUUUCGGGCACCAGUACUUUGCUCAUCUAGCCUUAUUUGAAGGUGCUUGCAGGUUCUGGCUACCAAAGAUUUUUCAGGAUUUAUUCACUACUAAUGCGACAGUCAGCACUUCAACUGGCAGAACUCCGGUGAAAAGCCGCUCCAUACGUCAGUGCAUUCUUGAUCGAACCGAAAAGCUUCACGAAAUCCUCAACGAGCGAAAGAUACUGUCGGUAUACGAAAUAUGCGUGGGUAUUGGAAUGUGUGGCUAUUAGAUUUAAAAUUGUCCAUGUCACGAUGAAAAUGAAGGCAAUAAAACGACAGAUUGCUCUAAUAUGCAUGCUUUGCAGAAAAGAUACGAAAGCGUUUACUACGGAAAACUGCAAAUUGUAAAAAUAGAAAAUUUACGCCAAAAAAUUCGAGACUCUGAGUUCUAAAAGGUCCGACAACAUGAGUUUUCAGAGGAUGACAUUUUCACUAUGACAUUUUAGAGCUUUGUUGAAGAAAAUUUUGAAGGCAUUUACUCCACAACAAAGGCAAUCUCUGGCUUAAUGAAUCCAUUUUUUGUUCAUCAAUUUUUUUUGGCUCACACGCAUAAAAAUUACGAUUGUAUAAAUUAAAAUGUUAAUUUCAACCUUGUCAACAACGCGUCUUCUUUCUAAAGCACACCGAUAAAAGUAUAAAAAGGAAUGUUAAACGAAGCUCUCGCAUCAAAAUUGAAAUGUUGAAAAUACCGAUUGUCAUUAUUUUUGCCUUGUUUUAUACAGGUUUCUGUUUUCGCAACUGUCAUGAUUGCACCGGGUGUCUUUUGAUAGUCUAUAAAUUGAAACCAAGAAUCCCACAUCGUUUGACGGUGACAACGGAAGAGCUAACAGAAUGCAUUAAUGUAUGCUGGUUUUGCUUUCUUUUGACUUACCUACAUAGAGAUGACAAUCGGGCAGCGCCGAUCUUUGCGGCCCGGCCCAAUUCUGCCCUCCUUCGAUAAAAUCAUGAUUUUUUUAGAGAACAUGUCAAUCUGCGAGGAUCCCCAAGUUCCUUUGUGGAUGCCUUCUUGAGCGAGUCGAUGAGUUUCGCAAAUUGUUAAAUCAAGGAGAAUUUGACACUCAACGCUUGUGCUGGGGUAUUCACAUGUGUUAA